ACAGAAGUUUGUAGUAACGGACUGAAUGUUAGUUGGGAAUCUGCUGGUUGGGAAUCUGCCAGAUCUGCCAAUCUGGGACUCUGGGAUUAGGUGACUUCUGUUUUAAACUGGAUGCUUGACCAAUAGUAAAGUUAUGCUCCUUGGACAUGCAGCACUUAAAGAAAGAUGAAACUGGGACUAGUUCAUCACUCCAACAAACAAAAAGUCAGGAUCUGUACAUGCUAGCUAAACCGGCCUCCUCUUCCAUGUGAUGGAGGGGAACACGGGGUCGAUUCGUGUGCUGGUGACGGGGGGCACCGGUCUGGUGGGCAAAGCUAUAGAGCGAGUGGUGAAGGAGGAAGGAGGUGCAAAAGAAGGUGAAGAAUGGAUCUUUCUAUCCUCUAAAGAUGCUGACCUAACAAAUGCAGCUGAAACGAAGGCCAUCUUCGAGAAACAUCGACCAACACACGUCAUUCAUCUCGCCGCCAUGGUGGGAGGCCUCUUCCGACACUUAAGACAGAACCUGGAUUUCUGGAGAAAGAACAUGGCAAUUAAUGACAACGUGCUGCACACAGCUCAUGAGUACGAUGUGGUGAAAGUGGUCUCCUGUCUCUCAACAUGCAUCUUCCCAGACAAAACCACCUACCCUAUUGACGAGACUAUGAUCCAUAAUGGUCCUCCUCAUGAGUCCAACGCCGGCUAUGCAUAUGCCAAGCGGAUGGUCGACGUCCACAACAGGGCCUAUUUUCAACAGAGUGGACGACGGUACACAGCUGUUAUCCCCACAAACAUCUUUGGUCCCCACGACAACUUCAACUUAGAGGAUGGUCAUGUUCUACCUGCACUGAUCCACAAGACCUACCUAGCAAAGAGGGACGGCACGGCUCUGGAGGUGUUCGGCUCUGGCUGUGCACUUCGGCAGUUCAUCUACUCUCUGGAUCUGGCUCGUCUCUGUCUGUGGGUGUUGAGAGAAUACGACGAGGUGGAGCCCAUAAUAUUAUCAGUUGGAGAGGAAGAUGAGAUUUCAAUCAAAGAUGCAGUUGAUGCCAUAAUUGAAGCUUUUGAGUUCACAGGGCCGGUGAACUAUGACAAAAGCAAAUCUGAUGGUCAGAUGAAGAAGACCGCCAGCAAUGCCAAACUCCGCCAGUACCGUCCAGACUUCACCUUUACUCCUUUCCAAAAAGCUCUCAAGGAGACGUGUGACUGGUUUGCUGCCAAUUAUGACAGCACCCGGAAAUAAAUAUUCUGCCACCUGCUGGGGAUAACAGUCAAACACUGACUGAAACACAGAACUGACUUCAUUUGCCUUUGUUUUUGGGAUACUGUCCCUUUAAGGGUGUACUCAAACUGAUCAAUUUUGUUGUGCCUGGAGAACACCAUAAAUCUGAUCUGAUCUGAUUGGCUGCCUUAAGAAAACAAUCCUAAUACAGUAAUGGCCAAAAUCAACGAAACCCCUGCAUAUCUUUUAGAAAAUGCACCAGUUCAAACCAGAACAUUAAACCCAUUUCCUUCCUACCAGCCACAUACCCAGCUUACAAAUUUUGAUUAGUAGUUUCCUAAACAUGACAGUUAAUGUUUUUAGAAUGUUUAAUCUAUCAAGUUUUCAGGAUGUUUUUUAAACAUUUUAUUCAACAUUUUUUUUACAUUCUGGUAACAUCACUGCAACUUCACUAGUGUCAAUGUUUUUAUGUUUAGUUUUGGAAUUAUUGAUUUUAACUUUUCCCUAAUGGGAAUGUUAUAUGAGAACCUUGUGAUAAAAAUCGUUUCUAUGUCACACUUUUUCAGAAUGUUCCAGGAACAUCAUUUCUGUAAGGUUACAGGCUAACCUUCUGUUAGGUAUCAACACCUUUAGCAACUACAUGGAAACGGCUUCUCCUGACAAUCACCUUGCAAAUAUAAAAAACAUACUGUAUAAUCCAUUUUCAAACACCCUAACAAUACCAAUUAGUUGUUUUAAACUAUGAAAGAUGACAUAUUAGCACCCAAACACACUAGCAGUGCUGAGAUACAAAGAUGAUAUCUAUAUAUAUAUUAAAGUGCUGUAUAUUUUUGAAUAAACACUGGAUUUUUCAGUUCAA